AUGGCGACGGCGGCGACUCCCCCGCCGCACUGGAGCCGCUUCGAGCAGGAGCAGGACGUCGCGCUGCGGGAGCUGAUCCGGCGGGUGAGCGGCCUGAGCGAGCGGAGCGACGGAGAGCGCCCCGGUCCAUUCCAAGCGGCGUUGAACUUCGCCUGGUCUAACGUCAGAUUUCAUCAAUUUCUCGAUGUCAGCAGUCACAGAAUAGAGAAGAUAGUAGAUGGAAUUUAUGAAAAGCUGAUUGUUCACUCAGACCUCAUUAAAGCUGCAAGCUGGAAGAGAUUAGUAGAAGAAUUCCUGAAUUCACCUCUUCUAACUACUGAAGGAACAAAGACAGAUACCCAUUAUGCCAUCCUCUCCCUUCUGCUGUGCCUGUCAGAGUCCCCUUCCAAUACCAGCUAUGCUGAAAAACCAAGAGAGAAAGAAGUGGAAAAAGAAGAAUUUGAUUGGGGAAAAUACUUGAUGGAAGGUGAAGAACUUGACUUUGGUCCUGAUGUUGAAACACCGGAGUGGUCUGACAUAAGUGAUGAUGAUACUGAGCCUUUGAGCAGGGAAGACUCUGGCAUUCAAGUGGACAGGACACCACAAGAAGAUCAAAACAAGAAGGCGGUGUCUCACAUUACUUGGAAAGGGGAACCUGAUGCACGUACCUGGCUGGAGCAGCAUGUAGUUCCUCAAUACUGGACUGGCAGAGUGAUUCGUUUCCCCCAUAGUCUGCAUUUUCAUUCCAAUUUAGCAGCUGUAUGGGAGCAGCACUUAUAUAACAGUGAUCCUUUGUAUGUGCCAGAGGAGAGAAUCCUUGUCACCGAAACACAGGUGAUUCGUGAAACCAUUUGGCUCUUUUCUGGUGUAAAAAACCUCUUUAUAUUUCAGUUGAAUGAAGGAAAGAUUACUGUGAGAAAUGAUAUCAUGGUAACCCAUUUGACCCAUAAUUCCUUAAGAUCUAUGCUGGAGCGGAUAGCAGCGUAUGGUCAAGUUGUAUUUAGGCUACAGAAGUUCAUUGAUGAAGUGAUGGGUCACAGCUCAGAAAGCAUAAUACCUGGAACCAUUUCCACUCCUAAGAAAUGUGCAGAAGCUCCAUUUAGAACCUAUCAAGCUUUCAUGCUUGCUCUCUAUAAAUAUUUCAUUAGUUUCAAAGAAGAACUUACUGAAAUUGAGAAGUGCAUUAUCCACAAAGACACAACCAUCACUCUUUCCAUAGUCAUAGAUAAAUUGUCACAUCGACUAGCACAGCUGAAGGUACUUCAUAAAAUUUUUAGCACCGGUGUUGCAGAAGUACCACCUGACACUCGAAAUGUUGUGAGAGCAUCCCAUUUGCUUAAUACACUGUACAAAGCUAUCCUCGACUAUGACAACGUUGGAGAAGCCUCUGAACAAACAGUAUCCCUUUUAUUUUCUCUCUGGGUUGAAACAGUAAGGCCAUAUUUGCAGACGGUAGAUGAGUGGAUUGUCCAUGGUAACUUGUUUGAUCCUGCUAAAGAGUUUAUAAUUCAAAGAAACAAAAAUGUUCCAGUUAACCAUAGGGACUUUUGGUAUGCCACUUACACCUUGUAUAGUGUAUCUGAAAAGACUGAGAAUGAAGAGAAGAUGAGCGAUAAUGCUAGUGCCAGUUCUGGCAGCGAUCAAGCACCUUCAAGCAGGCAACACACCAUGGUCUCGUUUCUAAAACCAGUAUUAAAACAGAUCAUCAUGGCUGGAAAGUCCAUGCAGUUGUUAAAGAACUUACAGUGCACAGAUGGCUCUUCACAACAGGCAUCAUCAAGAGAUGCAGAAAGGAAGAGCUUGUACACAUUAUUUCUGGAAUCUGUUCAGUCACGGCUGCGACAUGGGGAAGAACCUGUUCAGGAAGUUAUUACAGAGCAGCAGGCAACCAAACAGAGUCUAAUAAAGAUGCAGUCUAUUGCAGAAAGGCAUUUGGAGCUGGAUGAUGUUCAUGACCCCUUGCUGGCUAUCAAUUUUGCAAGAUUGUAUUUGGAACAAAGUGACUUUCAUGAGAAGUUUGCUGGAGAUGAUGUUUGUGUGGAUAGAUCCUCUGAAUCAGUUACGUGCCAAACAUUUGAACUGACAUUGAGGUCUUGCCUUUAUCCUCACAUAGACAAACAAUAUUUGGAAUGCUGUGGAAAUUUAAUGCAGACUUUGAAGAAAGAUUACAGGCUGGUAGAAUACUUGCAGGCAAUGAGAAACUUUUUCUUGCUUGAGGCUGGUGAUACCAUGUAUGACUUCUACACGUCUAUUUUUGAUAAAAUACGAGAGAAGGAUACAUGGCAGAGUGAGACAUUCCUUAAUGUUCAGCUCCAAGAAGCUGUUGGACAGCGUUACCCAGAAGAUAGCUUAAGGCUGUCUAUAUUAUGUGAAAAUAUUGAUAUUGCCAAGAAGAAACUUCCUGUUCAUACUUUGGAUGGUUUAAUACUGAGUUAUAAGGUCCCUUGGCCUGUGGAUAUCGUUAUAAGUGUAGAGUGUCAAAAAAUUUAUAAUCAAGUGUUUCUCUUGUUGCUACAAAUCAAAUGGGCCAAAUAUAGUUUGGACGUGUUAAGAUUUCAUGAGCUAGUCAGUGCAGCAGAAAAUCCCCAGAGUAAAGGAGUAGUGACGGAAUUUGAACAUGACCCACUUCCUCAAUUUGGGUCCCCGGCAGAGCCUGUAAAACAACAAACUCAUCGCAUGUUCCUUCUAAGGAUGAAACUCAUGCAUUUUGUUAACAGCCUGCACAACUAUAUAAUGACUAGGAUUCUUCAUAGUACAGGUUUGGAGUUUCAACAUCAGGUAGAAGAAGCAAAAGAUCUAGAUCAGCUGAUUAAAAUUCAUUAUAGAUACCUGUCUACAAUUCAUGAUCGUUGCCUGCUGAGAGAAAAGGUUAGCUUUGUGAAAGAAGCUAUAAUGAAAGUACUAAACUUAGUACUGAUGUUUGCAGAUCGUUGGCAAGCUGGCUUGGGAGCUUGGAAGAUGGAAUCUAUAACGAAGAUGGAAUCAGAUUUUAAAAACUGCCAUAUGUUCCUUGUCACAGUGCUGAACAAAGCAGUCUGUAGAGGCUCGUUCCCACAUUUGGAGUCUUUAGCCUUAUCACUCAUGGCCGGAAUGGAACAAAGUUAGCAAAAUACAGACUGGAACUUCUUCCUCACACUGUGGUC